AUGGACUUUGAAGUAAAUGAAUCGUUGGAAGGAGAUAAGAAGGGACAUAUAUUGUUGACAUUAAAUGGAUAGGCAGAUGCAGAAAUAAUAAAAUAUAGGUUCUUCAAAGUAUGAGUGUGAUGUAAUUGAUGAAAGGGUCAGAUAAGAAUGUAAGAGAUAAAGAGGAAAAUAGAGAAGCAUUUUAAGAUGAGAAUAGCAUGGUUGAGAGUAUAUACUCAAUAGGGAAUAGAGAUAUUUGAGGAGGAUUUACCAUAUAUAAAGGAUGGAACAUUACUUUAUGUGUCUGAUAGUAUGAAUAUAAAAUAAAAUGGUUAGGCAUAGAAUUUGAUGCAUAUUGUUAGAUUAGUGUAUAUUAGAUAAUGAGAGUAUUAGGAGAGGGUGGAUUUGGAAAGGUUAUGUUAGGUAGACAUAAGAUAACAGGUGAGUAGGUAGCAAUAAAGUUAAUUGAUUCUGGUAAAUUAUGGAAUGCAGAGGAUAUAGAUUUAGUAUUUAGAGAGGCAGAAGUAAUGAAGAACCUUAGACAUAAUAAUAUAGUGAGAAUAUUAAAUUGUUAUACUCUUCCGAAUAUGUAAGUUGUUUUGAUAAUGGAGUUUUUAUAAGGAGGAGAUUUAGUGGAAUAUUUAUAAGGUAAUGACCUAAUAUAAUAUUAGAGAAGGGAGUACUGUCGGAAUCAGAGGCUAGAAUCAUUUUUAGAUAGAUUGCAGAAGCUAUUCGAUAUUGUCAUGAUAAAAGAUUAAUACAUAGAGAUUUGAAACUAGAAAAUAUACUGUUGACAUCAAAGGUUGACAAAGUUAUUAAAAUAAUUGAUUUUGGUAUAGCAACUGUUUCAACUAAUUUCACAAUUGAUAAAGUAGAUAGAGGAUCAUUAAGUUAUAUGCCACCAGAAUUGAUAAGUGGUUCAACUCUUGAGAUUAAGCCAUCUAUUGAUAUAUGGUCUCUAGGUGUAAUCUUAUAUGCAUUAGUGUGUGGUAAUCUACCAUUCACUAAUAAAAAUGAUGAUUAGACUAUUGACAAUAUCUUAAAGUGUAAUUAUUCAUAUCCCCCAACUCUUAUUCUCAGUAAAGAAUAUAAGGAUCUAUUAAAUAAUAUGCUUAAUCCUGAUCCUACACUUAGAUAUUCAGCAUAUUAAAUUAUUAGACAUCCUUGGAUGUAAAAAGUUAUUACUUAAUCUCCAUCUAAUUUACUUACUCCUAAAACUGUUAUUCCUAAAAAAUUUAUUAAAAAAGAAAUUACUAUGGCUGGACCAUCUAAUAAAAAUUAAUAAUAAUAAAUUUAACUUAGAGCAGGACUCACUAUGCUUAAACCAACUAUUGUUCAAUCACCUUCUAAUGUUUCAACCAUUCCUAUCAUUUAUGAAUUCUCUAAUCGUUAUCAAUAAGUAUCUCUCAUUUAUUAUCUAUUAGAAAUAAGAUGAACCAUAAUCACCACCUUCCUCUUUUCUAGAUAAUUGUACUAAUCGUUCUAUCCAAGAAACUAUUCAAAAUUCUAAUCAAGAACAAUAACCUAUACCAAAAACAAAUCCUGUUCGAAAAUAUUCAGAUUUCAAUUAAAAACUUAUAGAUCGUAUAUUUCGAGAAGAUUCGAAAAGAUAAAAAAUUAAAAAAUGGAAAAGCUAAUCGCCAACACUUAAAGCAUCUCCUAAAAAAUAAUAAUAAUUAUAAGGUUCUCUAAUUUAAUGUACUAAUUGUCAUUUCAACUCUGCUCGAACUGCUAAUACUUCUCCUUAUACUAUUUCAAGAUCUACUCUUCAUACUCCUAAUUUAUUCAGUUCCAGAUAAUCAUCUGAAAAUAAAAAAAAAUCCAAUGAUAAACUUGAAAUCCAAACCAUUAUUAAUCUAAGUUAAAGAUUAGAAUUAAAAUAACUCUACUCUAAUUCUAUCACACCAAAAAAUAAUAUCUAAAGUAGACCUUCUAAUAUAUCUCCAACUAAAGCUGAUAUGCUUUAUAAAUUAUAAAUUUAGUUUAAAUAAAGAAAAAUAAACAAUGAAAUCUUGUUAUAAAAAUAACUCUAUGAAAACAACAAAGAAAUGACAAUUUAGAAAUUGUGUAAUAUCAUAUUUUCAUCCAGGAUUAGAGUUGCUAAUAAAUGA